GGACACACAUCACACACACACAUUCACCCAAAUCCGAUGUUUUUAUCGUCAUAAAAAAAAAACUUUUAUUAAAUUCAAAAACUUCAGUCUGUCGUCACUGACAGUUGGGCCGAGGAGAAGUCAUGGAUCCAAUCGUGGAAGUGGUAGGUUUGAUUUUGGGGUUCAUCGGAUGGAUAAUGGUGGGGGUUGCGCUUCCAAACCGUUACUGGAGGACCUCCACUGUUGACGGAAAUGUCAUCACCACCUCUACAAUCUAUGAAAACCUGUGGAUGUCCUGCGCGACAGAUUCAACCGGGGUCAGUAACUGCAGGGACUUCCCUUCCCUGCUCGCUUUGAAUGGUUACAUCCAAGCGUCUCGUGCCUUGAUGAUUGCCUCGAUAGUGUUUGGCUCAUUUGGACUGCUGGGCUCGCUGAUCGGGAUACAGUGCUCUAAAGCGGGAGGAGAAAACUAUGUUCUCAAAGGGAGGAUCGCAGGCACUGCUGGAGUACUUUUUUUGCUUCAAGGUCUGUGCACUAUGGUUGCAGUGUCCUGGUAUGCUUUCAAUAUCACUCAGAAUUUCUUUGAUCCCUACUACCCUGGCACAAAGUAUGAGAUAGGAGAAGGGCUUUACAUCGGCUGGUGCUCUGCUGUGCUCGCCAUCGCUGGAGGAGCCGUUCUCACCUGCUCCUGCAAAUUGGGCACAGAGGAAAAAUACCCUCUACCUCAUGCAAGGGGAACUGUGUAUUCUGGACCAGCACCAACCAGAAGCCUGGCCGCCAGUACUUAUGGGAGAAACGCUUACGUCUGAGCAGGAUUUGGAAACUCAGCUUUGUGGACUUAUUCAUCCCUACACUUUUGGCUGGUCUAACUAACACGUUGUGCCAUUUCAUCACUGUGGAAACACUUGCAGUGCAUCAGAUGUUCACUGUUGGGAGUAUUUCAGCUGUAUAUGUUAUAUACAAAUAACCGCAGUUUCAAAAUGUAUGUUCUGUAGAAAUAACAUGGAUAAAAUGAUUGCAAAAAGCUUGACAAAACAUCAGCGUCACUGCACAAACUCACUGUGCGCUCUCAAUGAUUAAUAUUUAUAUUUCUCUGAUAUUGUCACUUAUUUUCCAAUUAAUUCAAUCACAUUUGUAAGGGGAAGGUCAAAAGUGUGAUGAUUGUUUGGAUGUGUUGUUUUGUACAGUUUUGUAGGCGACACCUGCAAGAGGCGCUGGAGGGCAGGUUGUCUUUGUUUUGAUUGUAUUUUGCCUGUUUGUUUGUUUUUGGGUUUUUGUUGUUGUUGUUGUUGUUUUGGGGGGGGUAAGCAAAUGUACAAAUUUAAAUGUUUUACAUCGAACAUUCCAGUUUUACUUACCACAGACAAAAACAGUGGUGGCUGUAUUCUUCCUUUUUUUAAUAAAAAAUAAAAUUAAAAUUAAAAAACCAUCAGCCAGGCGCAUGAUUACAGGUCAUCAGGACAUGAUUUGGGUAAAAUAUUGUGGGAAAUCAUCAACAACCUGUUCAGUGUCUGUGUUCAGAGUAAAGACUGAUUGCAAAUGUUAUAUUUUCGUCAAA